UCGAAAACUGACUGGAACUUGGCACACAACGCAGUGCGCACCUCCCUUCGCCCUAUCAGAUGUCUUCAACCUUACACGUAGUAUCAGGAUGCAAGCUAUUCAUCUGGUAAGAGUCUCAUUCAUUGGAGCGAUAGAACUGAACGACAGUGGUGUCAAGGGUCCUCGUCAGUUGCUAAAUAGAGCUAUGAUCGGUGACGGCAGUAGAGUCCAGUAGAGUCCAUAUGUUGCUGUUCAACUGUUCUCACCUCUACACGUUGAGUUUUUGUUACGACUUCAGGCCUAUAUGUGACAAUCUCUGUCGACAUACUCCUUCAAACUAAUGCAAUAGACGUCUUAUAUGGAUGACCUGUAUAACAAUGCUUGGGGAGACCCUGACAAACCUUCGGAGGAUACCUCCGUUGUCGGAACACACGCUACAUGGACUUCUCCUAAACCUUCGCUUCCCGUGCAUGAUGAAGAAGCUGACUUAGCUGCACCAUCGUGGUCCACCGGAGCUGAAAUACGAUGGAACGAGCCUUCAGGCGAUUCACAUGGAUUUGCGUGGUCUCACGCUGAACCUGACCUUGCUUGGAGCUCCAGCACUUAUGAAGCCAUUCAGAUCGUCAAACCUCCACAGACCAUAGUAGAAGAGGAUGUUGGUCCAUCUUCGCCGGAAUCAGUGACUGAUGUUCAAAGCACUUCGCCUACAGUGCAUGUCGCUGAAGAGCCGAUAUACGAAUCCUUGAACAGUUCGCCAGGGUUCAAUCCAUUAGCAUUAGGUCCCGGAUCACCAUCAUCUUUGUCUGACACCCCACAUAAUAGCCCACCACAGAGUCCUGAUGGGUUCGGCAGUUUCACUUCUGCAGUUGAGGCUGAAAGUAUCCCACACCUUGACGUUCUUCCUGAAUUAGAGGCAGACGCGUGGGGAACUGCCUGGGCAAGUGACAAAGAUAACGAAGUCGAGACGGAGGAGUCGGUCGAUGAAUGGGAGGCUGCGAGAAGACAGAAAGAAGCGCAGGACCGUAAAGUGCCUCCCGAAGUCGCCGCAGACAUACUAAGCAAAUGCGAGGAGUUCUGUAAACAGUUCCCAUCCGAACCUAACAAGGACGCACUGGACACGGACCCCGACUCAUGGCGGAAUAACUUGCGAAGUGGUUUGGAGGGCAUCGACGGACUUGAUGCAAAGAUGAAGCUGUAUGCUCCAGAACUGACUUUGGAACCACCAUUGCGCUUUGAGAAGACUGUUGCUGCUAAGAAGAUGACCAACAGCCUCCGUCUGACCCGAAACUUGCCGAUGGUCAAGCAAAGUCCAAUGUCCAUUUACAUGGCCAUGAAGGGUAACACAGCUUGGGAGACAGCUGUCAAAGACUGGAAGGGUACUGCCGAAGAUGACGUCGUGCCUGUAGGUUGGCGAAUCCUGGAAAAGGAAUCGACUACCGAAACACCGGCUGCUGCACCUCAGAAACCGACAGGACGUCUGUUUUCAUUCUGGGGUCGCAAGCAGACCUCGUCUCCGGGCACAUUGAUAUCCUCGAGUACUGCGGCGUCAUCGUCAAGUGUCGCGGUAAAUGCAACCGCAACCACUUCAUCGUCAUCUUCGCCGCGCCCGAGUGUCGACAGUACAAGGUCGUCAAAUAAGGCCAAGAAAACAGCGAGUAGCACCGUUUCGUCACCAAUUGCAGAAGCCGGUCCUUCCUUUAAUCGUGCAUCUCUACCGCCGGAGCGAUCCAUUUCGCCACCUGCAGCGAGAUCGCAGUCGCCGACUUUCACUGGUAGUUUGACAAGUUCCUACGCUGACGCACCACUUCCGGAAGUUGAAAGGUCUCAGACUGCUCCUGGAGCAGCGCCCUCUGCUGUCUCACGUUUCCUCAAUCGCUUUUCACGACGUAGAAGUACAAUACCAACAAACCCUAACAGCUCCAUUGCCCUCUCGUCUGAUGAUCUGACAUUCCUCUCAGACAUUGUGCCAAGCGCCAGUGAGGACCACAAUGAAGAUCACAGUGAGGAUGCUCUUAUUGCGCUGUCAAAGUCGAUCAAGCCAGAGCCCCUUCCACCUGUGCUCCCACCGCCACCCAGCAUACUCUCAUCUUCUGGCGCUAGCGCUCAAGCACAUGCGGUUUCACCUCCAGGUGUUGUUUCGAGUAAAGGUCUUCCGCCAAACCCACGCCUGAAUUCACUAGAUUCUUUCUUUGAUUCGUUGCAAGGACCUGUGGCUGCCAGACAGAACGAGGCAAAAGGAAAUCAAAGCGCUGAUCUUGCGCUUCUGUCUCCGCCCCCAUCCUCUAUUCUCUCUCCGACUCCAGCACCUUCUUCUCGUCCCCAGUCUCCCAGCGGACCAGUUCUCCAAUCUCGAGGCACCAGGCCUUCAAGCCCAUCGCCACUAUCAUCCGGCUUCACAGAUAGUCAACUGUUGUCGCAGCCGUUUGCCAUCCCUCCCCCACCGCACUCUCGUUCAGAGACACCUAUGCCUCUGAGGGACCAUAAUCUGCCAACCUUGGACCUUUCGGGGGUCCCCAGGCCGUCGACAUUGCCUCAGCGUCCAAGCAUACCAUCAUCAUUCAAGGAUCAGCAUUCGUCAGUUUCUCAGACGGGCUCUGUAUCACCGCUUGCCUCACCAACGUCAGGUGUACCAUUGGCUCAGCUGUACCGAAACGUCUUGCCUACGCCUGCAACGUCGAGUAGUAGCCGUCCACCUACUCCGAUGUCGGCGAAACCGCUAGCCCAGUUGUACCCUGGCGCGGCAGCGAGAUCGAAUUCGCCUGCCUCAUCGAAUCCUAGUCCUCGUAGCGUUGCGCAGGCGAGUUCUAAGCCUUUAUCGGCGUUUACAAUUCCUCCUCCACCGUCCUCGCGCCCACACACACCUGCCGCGCCAGCCGUUCCAAGAACACAAAAAGCUGGUAUCACGCCUUUACUCCCUCCGCCUGGUCCUCCGCCAUCACAGCCAACGCGUGCAUCACACAUGCCGACCAUCUCAUUAACAUCGUUUGAUGACGACGAUUUCGAUGAUUUCCAAACCUCUUUGAUUCCUUCGAAGGCGAAUCCUCCGACGUCAAAUCACAGUAUACCACCUCUUCAACCACCGAUAUCCUUGCCACAAUCUCGACCCAAACUCAACUUGGCUCCCGUACUAUCCCCUUUAUCACCGCCUCCAUCGACUCCUAAUUCAUUACUCACGCAUCCUCAAGCUAUCAAGCCACCUAUCUCCGAUCCUUUUGACGAUGACUUUUCGGAGUUUCACUCGCCUUCUCCAUCCACUCUGCAGCAUCCAAGCUCUUUCAGCUUAGGUGCCAGCUCGUCCUCAAAGCAAGGACUACUCCCUGCUCAAGGCUCAAAUUCUUCUGGAUUUGAUAACUUCGAUUCCUUCUCACCUACAUUGAGGACGCCAUCACCACCACGUCCUCCUGAGAAGUUGCCGAUCCCUGCACUAUCUGCUCCGAAGGAUGACGUUCCAGUCGGUUCGUUACCUGCCAAAGGGCAGUCGCGAGCUGCGCGCCAUCAGCAUACGCUGAGUCUGGUUGCGCUGGCGGCGUCGAGAAAGGGGCAGUGGCCUGCACCUCCGUCGCCUCUACCUCAGCCGUUAUCAUUCCUUCCCCCUUCUUUCGCGUCAAACUCAAAGGCGGGUGGAUUGGUGGACUUGAUGGGCGAGGACGAACCUUUGGGAACCUUCAAUUCAGGGUCGAUAGGCACUUCGGCAUCAUCACCUGCGAUGUUCAACUCAAGCAGUUCCAAUCCCCCGAACGGGCUGGGGUCUUUGCUGUCGCCUACGUCUCAGUCGACGCAGACAAUGUCUUCGAGUAAUUCAGGGCAGUGGUUGGUUGAUUCUGGGAAGAGCCCCAUGAGUGCUGGGAGUGUGUCAUCGAAUGGGACGAGUACGAGUAAGGGCACCGGGAAACUUUCUGCUCAGGAUCUUUCUUUCUUCGAAGGGUUAUGAUUGGCUAGGGUUGAUUGAACUUUGCACACUAGGAUGACUCACAUUAUUUGUCUUCUUUAUCACUACACAUUUCGCUGUUGUCCAUGUUCCUCGCGUAUUGCAUACUUAUUAGUCUGUUCAUGCUAAUCUUAUUGACCUUCAUGCCAACUUCCUGCACUC